AUCGACUUUAUUUUCCCACUGGGUAGGUGGAAGAGAAUCUUUGUUGGUUUUCCUGACUCAAGGUGAAUAUAAAGAUAUUUACAGCUCUGCCGGAUUUCCUUUUUAUAUCAUUAUUUUCUUCUGGAGAAUAUCUGCUCUCUUCCAGAUUUACUGUAUUCAGUCAUUGCAGCGCCAUAUACAGAGACUCGUCAUAUCGAAGCUGAUACGAGCUAUUACUGGGCCGUCGAGGAUACGGCUUGAUCACCCUUCGAAAUGUUAGUAGGGAGGUGUACGGCAGUGGCAAGGCUGACAAAAGCUAUCCAAAGUAUCGCCUCUCGUCACAGUUGCAUUCGGCGAUUUAGUCACUCGCCAUGGCUGGGAUCGUCUCGCCUGGAAGCUGAACUGUCGGCGCCAAACGGGAUAAGCUGGACACAACCUUUGGGCUUGUUCAUUGACAAUCAAUUCAGCGAAAGUUCUGGGGGAGAUAUGAUAACGACAAUCAACCCAUACACUGAGCAAGCCAUUUGUUCCGUAUUCGCAGCUGGGGAACCCGAUGUAGAUAGAGCAGUUCAAGCAGCUCGCAAAGCACUUAAGCAUCCAGAAUGGAGGCUGCUGUCCGGCACCGAACGCGGUCACCUGAUGAAUCGAUUAGCAGAUCUGGUGGACAAGCACGGCGAAAUACUUGCUGCCAUUGAGACGCUCGACAAUGGCAAACCGCUGUCGGUAUCCCGCAGUUAUGACGUGCCGCAUUUCUCCGAGGUCCUUCGCUACUACGCUGGAUGGGCAGACAAGAACCCAGGCUCAGUAAUCGACGUUGGCCCAAAGAAGAUGGCUUACACUGUGAAGCAGCCUAUUGGAGUAUGCGGCCAGAUCAUCCCUUGGAAUUAUCCACUUGACAUGGCGGCAUGGAAACUCGGACCGGCCUUGUCUUGCGGAAACACGGUUGUGCUCAAGCUGGCGGAGCAGACGCCCUUGUCCAUGCUUUACGUGGCGUCGCUCGUUCGUGAAGCUGGAUUUCCUCCAGGAGUUAUCAAUAUCAUCAAUGGACGGGGUGGGGAGGCCGGCGCUGCUCUGGCGCGGCAUCCAGACGUGGAUAAAAUUGCUUUUACUGGCAGUACGGCAACGGGUAAGGAGGUGAUGCGGAUGGCCGCCGGAACACUCAAGGCAGUCACUCUUGAGACGGGGGGUAAGUCGCCGCUGAUUGUUUUUGACGACGCAAACUUGGAACAGGCUGUAAGAUGGGCACACGAAGGGAUUAUGGCAAAUCAGGGGCAAGUGUGUACAGCCACGUCGAGGCUGUUAGUGCAAGAUGGCAUUUAUGACCGUUUCGUGGAGAGAUUCAGAGCCUUUACCGAGAAAACAUCAGUCCUGGGCGAUCCAUUUGAGCCUCAAACGUACCAGGGGCCGCAAGUCGGCAAGGCGCAGGCCGAACGCAUCAUGUCCUACAUCUCAUCUGCACGAGAUUCUGGUGCCGAAGUCUUUCACCCGCACAAACAGCCUGUGCCAUCCAAGGGCUACUUUACUCCGCCAACAAUUCUCACAAAUGUGGACACCAAGACAGCUGCCUUUCGAGAGGAGAUCUUUGGGCCUGUCGCAGCCGUUGCCAGAUUCAGCAGCGAGGAGGAGGCACUGGAGAUUGCCAACGCAACGAGAUAUGGACUCGCGGGCGCCGUAUUCGCAAACGAUCUGGGCAGAGCACAUCGCGUAGCUCGGGAUCUGGAGGCUGGGAUGGUAUGGGUGAACAGCAGCAACGAUUCCGACGUGAGAGUUCCGUUUGGAGGGGUUAAGGAGAGUGGCCUGGGGAGGGAGCUUGGCGAGGACGGCUUGAGAGGAUAUUAUACCGUCAAGGCGGUGCAUGUGAACUUGACAGAUGAGUGAGUUGAGGUUGUGCCUGUGGUAGAGUAUAUAUUGUUCCUAAGUAUACAAGCAGGCGAAAGUACAGAUAGAUGUCUUGCCAUCAAGUUAUUGCAGCGAGAUCUUCUAUGCUUGAUUACGUUAGGAAGCUAGAUCAGACUGAACCAGAUUCACUAUUUGAAUAUCAUAAUGAGACUCUUUAUUCAUGGAAUAUAGAAACUG